UAGUCAUAAAAUUUUGGGUUCUCCCGAGCGGCCAAGGUCUCUCUCAAUAGCUAGUGUCAGUGUAAGAUAAAUUCAAACGGAAACAGAUAAUAACCAAUCGCACAAACACAGUCAGAAGGGAAGUAACAUCUCCGCCCUCAUUCCCUCCCGGUAUUAAGCUCUAUAUUGUAGCGCUAAAUGACAAAAACGUUUGAAUAACGGCCGUUCAUUAUGACUCUAUCACUCUUAAAUAUAAGCCAAUAGCAUUUGAAAAUUGAAUUCUAUGCUAAUAUCGAAAAAAGAAAAGGGAUGUUUUAAAGUUGACAUUUUAAGAGAAAAAUUUACAAGUGAAUGAACUACGAUGAAGUAUAUAUUUAUAUUGCUGAUUGCCAUAUUAGAACUCUGGCAGUAUACUAUUGGCUCAUGGGAUAGUGGAUUGAGGUGUCCACUAGUUUCUUUGAAGAAUGGUAAAGUUCAAAUAAGAAGACGUGGAAAAAUAAUAAGAUUCAAAUGCUAUGACGGUUUCACUCUCAUUGGAGAUAAAUAUUCUACCUGCGUCCGUGGUAAUUGGGAUACUUCAAUACCAGUUUGUGUUAAUUCUCAAUGUCCAAAGUUAUCAGCGCCUGAUCACGCGCUUGUUGCACCCAAAUAUAAUGGAGCAAUACUUAUAUUUUUUUGCGAACCUGGAUAUGUGCUCAUUGGUAGUGUUGAGAUUUAUUGUAACGGAAAGCAGUGGAAUGGUACAGCGCCUUAUUGCAGAGAUACCACUAUUACAGCACCAACAAAAUGUGAUUUUGAAACUCCAGACUUGUGUUGGUGGGAGCAGGAUCCCAAACAUGACUUUGAUUGGCGGAGACAUAAUUUUCAGACACCAAGUUCGCACAUUGGAACUGGUCCUACACAUGAUCAUACCCUUGGCCCUGGAAAUGAUGGCUAUUAUCUGUAUAUUGAAGCAUCUGGCAGACUCGUCAAUGAUACAGCACGAAUUAUAUCACCACUGUAUAAUGCCUCAUUGACCAAUUCUGGAUGUUUUUCUUUCUGGUAUCAUAUGUAUGGUGCUACCAUCGGUACAUUACGAAUUUACUUGAAACUUGAGUCAAAUCCAGAUAAUCUUCAAAUAAUGUUUGAAAAGCAUCAUAAUCAAGGCAAUCAAUGGCUCCAUGGAAUUUUCAAUCUUCCCAAAACCAGUGACAACUUUCAAAUUAUUAUUGAAGGCGUACGGGGUGCUGGUUAUGUGAGUGAUCUAGCAGUGGAUGAUGUUGCUAUUCUCCAAGGUGAAGAGUGUUUACAAGCACAAACACCCAAUGACAAUGUAACUAGUGCAUCUGUAAAAGAACAAGAUGAUCAAAUUGAAAUAAUCAAUGCAGCGCAGAGUUGUCGAGGAAGAUGUGGUAAUAAUAUAAAAUAUAUGGGCACUUGGACAACCAUAAUACCAACAACAUCGCCUGAUGCAUGCCAUUGUUCCUUCGAUUGUGCUGAUAAUUCUACAUGCUGUCCUGACUUUGCUGAGUACUGUGUUUUAGCUACUGCUGAUGAUUCAUACACUCCUCCAACUGGUAAUAAUGGAUUUACAAUGCAAUAUCAUUAUGUUUCAACGCCUGUCGAGCCCAAAGAUGAAUUGGAGCCUUACACAACAAAAUUGACUUAUCCUAUGACUAAAAGUACGAUCCACCCGGAAACUCCGUUCGUAUCAUUUAAGACGAAUCAUUCUGAUGCGACAACUGAAACACAUUUCAUGAUUGAGCAAGUGCAACAAGUGCAAUCUCACGUGUCUCUGAGUUCAACUGCAAUCAUCAGCAUAAUAGCUGCUCUCAUAGUAUUGGCAACAGUUGUAACCAUUGUCAUUAUCUUCAUUUGGACAUGGCGAAAAUCUUAUGUACGUGGUGCAAAAUCGAGUAAGGGCUCUGGAUUAUCUGAAGAUAGUGAUGUCCGAUUUUUGACAUCUGACGAAAUUUUGGAUUUUAAUCUUGCACGACCAAUGGAGAACGAUGAGCCGUGAAUCACUGUUCAUUAUUUCUUUAGCCUCUGAUUUAUACUUUAAAAUUUAUGAUUACCUAAACAUAAUUAUUAGUAUUUUUUUUAAAUCAUCAUUUCAUGUGUGUAAAA